UCACAGGGUUUCUUCAGACGCAGCCAGCAGAGUAACGCUACAUAUUCCUGUCCACGGCAAAAGAAUUGUUUGAUCGACAGGACGAGUAGGAACCGCUGUCAGCACUGUCGGCUGCAGAAAUGCCUCGCUGUGGGCAUGUCACGUGAUGCUGUAAAGUUUGGCCGCAUGUCUAAAAAGCAGAGGGACAGCUUAUAUGCGGAAGUGCAGAAUGGAAAACAUCGCAUGCAGCAGCAGCGGGAUCACCAGCAGCAGCCAGGGGAGGCAGAGCCACUAACUCCAGCGGGAUAUGGUCUGACCCCCAAUGGGCUCACAGAUCUGAGAGAUGACCUGGGAGGAUAUAUGGAAGGG